AUGAACAGCUGGUAUGCUGUCCAGGGCCACUUUCUGCUGCGAUGUAAAAUCACAAAUGUCAAACCUAAAAUAGAAACUGUUUAAAUAAUUUGCAAAAACAAGGUCAUUUUCGACGGUCAUACAAUGUCUCUUUGGUUUGUAGCCUGUGAUGGGUUGUAGCCCUUGCCAGGCUUUCCUACUGUCAUUGUCAUUAAAAAGGUUUUCUAAUUUGUCUUUGUAUGCUGCCUUGCACUCCUUGAUUGUGCUUUUGAGUCUCCUCUGAAUAUUUUUCAUUUCCUCUUUACUGCCACCUGAUUUAAAGACUCGUUUUUUUCUGGUUGAGGAGCUUUUUUAAUUCCAGAGUUACCCACGGUUUAUUAUUGGGGAAGAUGUUGACUUUCUUUUUGGGAAUAACGAGAUCCUCACAGAAAUGGAUGUACUCAGAGACAGUAUCCGCUGCCUCUUCCAGGUCCUGGGCGCUGUCUGUCAGGGCCGCCCAGUCAGUGGACACAAAACAGUCCUGGAGGGCUUCAGUAGCUUGAGGAGUCCAGUUUUUAAUCUCCACCUUUUCAGCCUUCUCUCGCUGCUGUCGUGGUUUGUAGACUGGGAUGAGCUGAACCAUGUUAUGAUCCGAAUCCCCGAGAUUGGGUAGUGCCUUGGAAGAAUGCACACCUGGGAUGUUACCAUAACAGAGGUCCAGACAGGCUUCAUUUCGGGUAGGACAUGUAACAUAUUGCUGAUAUGAUUAUACAUUGUCCUCUGUAGCUCAAUUGGUAGAGCAUGUAACACCAGGGUAGUGGGUUCGAUCCCCGGGACAACUCAUACGUAAAAAUGUAUGCACACAUGACUGUAAGUCUUUUUGGAUAAAAGCGUCUGCUAAAUGGCAUAUUAUAUGAUUAUUAUAUUACAUUUUCAGAUAGACUGCACAUGUUAAAGUCUCCCAUGAUCAGCUUAACCACUUCGGGUGACUGUCUCAGCCUGGGAUACAAGGACAUGGAUCAAGUCGGCAGGUGCCGGAGGGGGCUAUGUAAACAAUAAAUAGUCUGACCUGAUUCAAUUCCCAUGGCAGGUAGUAUGGCCGUAGUUUAAUGUCUUUAGUACAGAUUUAUUUAUUUUAUUUAUUUAUUUAUUUCACCUUUAUCUGGUGCUCAGUUGUAAUAUGGUCAGGAUUGCAGUAUUUCUCAUUGAUGAAUGCACAAACUCCUCCACCUUUCCUCUUGCCGGAGUUGAUGUUUCGGUCCAUUCUAACGAUUGUGUAGCCAUCCAACUCCACAACCGAGUCGGGAUCCUGUUCCGUAAACAAGGUCUCAGAUAGACGGAUCAGGCAGGAUUGUCGGUACUCUGAGAGGUAUUGGAUACAAGCCUGUAGCUCCUCAGUCUUAUUCCUUAUGCUUUAUACAUUGCCAUGCGUAAUAGAUGGAAGAGGUGUUCUGAAAGGUUGUUUUUUAAUCCGAUUGCAAAUUCUUCCUCUACUGCCACGCAGUAUGUUGAUUGUAUUGAUUGUGGUGUUCCUUGUAGUGUAAACUUGCAGCAAAGGGUUGGAGAUUAAGCAGGACAUCUCUUGUGUAUGAUAUCCGUGGUUUCAGCUCGCUGUAUCCAUUGAGGGCAGUGGUGUAAAGUACUUAGGUAAAAAUACUUUAAAGUACUACUUAAGUAGUUAUUUAGGGUAUCUGUACCUUACUUUACUAUUUAUAUUUUUGACAAAUUUUACUUUUACUUCACUACAAUCCUAAAGAAAAUAUUGUACAUUUUACUCCAUACAUUUUCCCUGACAACCAAAAGUAGUCAUUACAUUUUGAAUGCUUAGCAGGACAGGAAAAUAGUAGAAAUCACACACUUAUCAGGAGAUAUGUUCAUCCCUACUGCCUCUGGUCUGGUGGACUCACAAAUGCAUCUUUUGUAAAUAAUGUCUGAGUGUUGGAGUGUGGCCCUGGCUAUCCGAACAUUUUUAAAAACAAGACAAUUGUGCCGUCUGCUUUGCUAAAUAAUUGGAUUUUUUAAUGAUUUAUGCUUUUACUUUUACUUUUGAUACUUAAGUAUUUUUUAUCAAUUACAUUUACUUUUGAUACAUACGUUUAUUUAAAGCCAAAUACUUUUAGACUUUUACUCAAGUAGUAUUUUACUAGCUGACUUUCACUUUUACUUGAGUAACUUUCUAUUAAGGUAUCUAUACUUUUAUUCAAGUAUGACAAUUGGGUACUUUUUCCACCACUUGAGGGUUAGGUCGACAGCUUGUUUGGUACGUUUCACCAAAAAACGGAUUAAAACUAACAGCCAAAGUACUGCUAUUUGCCUCAUUAUUAGCUAUCCGAUGUAAUACCACUAAAAACUUGAUUGAGGUGGAUCGCAACUUUAAAACACUUUAAACAAAACAAAAAAACACGGAAGGGACGCGUACGACAGUGUAUUCUAGUUCCCGCCAAUAUCCAGUAACUUUGCACAGCCAUUGAAGAGGAGUGGGACAACAUUUCACAGGCCACCAUCAACAGCCUGAUCAACUCUAUGCAAAGGAGAUGUGUCGCUCUACAGGAGGCAAAUGGUGGUCACACCAGAUACUGACUUAUUUAUUCAAGGUAUUUGUGACCAACAGAUGCGUAUCUGUAUUCACAGUCAUGUGAAAUCCAUAGAUUAGGGCCUAAUUAAUUUAUUUCAAUUGACUGAUUUCCUUAUAUGAACUGUAACGCAGUAAAAUCUUAGAAAUUGUUUCAUGUUGUGUUUAUAUUUUUGUUCAGUGUAGCUAUCACAGACAAACAAAUAGCCCCGUUCAGCCACUUCUAGCCACACAUUGUCCAAACAUUGUUGUAAGUAAAAUAUGUAUGGGGCAGCCUGGGUGUGGUAGAGAUGGGGUGGGGGACUAAGGCGGUCACUGUCCUCCCCUAACUGUCUCUUAAGAUAAGAGACAAAACCACAAGUGCCACACACAUUGAGAAGUGUGGUCUCUCUCUCUCCGCUCUACAAUGACUGAUUCAAACCUUACGUAAGUUAAUCAAGUAGCCUAUUUUACGUUUGAUGUACUUUUGAAAUGUCACCGUGACAUUAAUCCUGCCAUAUGAUUUUUGAUGUGUUGUUUGGUGUUACUACUAUUGACAGUAAAAUAAUAAGGUUAUUACAGUAAGCUAUACUGAUAGAGAUGGUGCAAGCUAAAGCAUGAUGGUGCAAUGCAACUGACUUCAAUGUGUCAAUGUUUAAAUUGUGUUCCUGCAUGUAAAUGAAUCAUUAGCAUCCUAUUGUUUGAUUUUUUAUUUUAGUGACAAGAACCUGGGGGAAGAAAAUGGUGGCGGUCUGAAAAAAAAGAAUAAGCAGAAGAAGAGCAAGGAGGAUGCAUGGAGACUUGAUGGACCCAAAGACCCGUUUGCUAUGGUGCACGUGUGUGUGUGUGCGUGUUUGUGUGUGUGUAUGUUUGUGUUUGUGCGCAUAUGUAUUAACUGUAUAAGUUGUGAUCCUUAAAUAUGAGACAGAGAGUACGCUGAAAAACAGCAAGUUGAGGUCUCCCACAAAUGCUCUCAUAAAAUCGGAUCUAGAAUCAGAUCACCCUACCACAAUUCUAACCAUAACCAUUUGGACAAAAAUAGCAUCUGACCCUGUAUCAGUGCCUAGAGUGAUCAACAUUGUGUGUUCCUCUCCAGCUGGAUGCUCUCCCGGAGGAAAAGCAGCAGGAAAUCCAGAGGGCCCUGCACCUCUUCUCCCUGGGCAAGGGCCUCCCGAGGACCCUGGAGGAGGCCAGCAGACGCCCCUACCCCUUCUGGGACACCCAGCCUGUCCCCAAACUAGGUAUGGUACAUGUAUGGUACCUAAACUUGCCACAUGGUACAUGGUUGAUUCAAGACAGAGUAAAAGCUAAGAGAUUAAAAUAACAAGCCAAUGUAAACCAGCAAUGCUAUCCCGAACCCUUUAGUUAUCCCUUUAUCCAUUUCCUCUCCUCUUCUUCUCUGAGAUAGCUAGGAGCUCGUCUCGUCCUCUCACUCUUAGCUCUCUCUCACUCUCUCUGCGUCUCUCUCUCUCUCUCUCUCUCUCUCUCUCUCUCUCUCUCUCUCUCUCUCUCUCUCUCUCUCUCUCUCUCUCUCUCUCUCUCUCUCUCUCUCUCUCUCUCUCUCUCUCUCUCUCUCUCUCGCUCUCUCUCUCUCACCCCAGGUGACGACAAUGCCACGACCCAUGGUCCUAUUGAGGUGGAUAAGGCCAGUGUUCGUGAGGAGCCUUACAGUCUACCACAGGGGUUUAGCUGGGCCCCCCUGGAUCUGGGGGACCCUGCUAUGGUGAGUGACACUUCUCCCCUUCCUCCCUUACUGAGGCCUUAGUUGUUGUUGGAUGCUGUCACUCUUUUGUUUGUGAGCAUGUUCGCAUGUUAUGGCUUUCUCUCUCUCCAAUUCAUAUUUCAAUUAAAACUCUAUUGGCACGACUGUAAAGAUACAACAAUAUUCCCAAAGCUAAUAGGUAUAGUAAGUCAACGUCAAAGUAAAGCUAAUAGAAUGUUAAUAUUAAACAUUCAAUUGGAUUCAAUUGGAUUCAAUCGAUUAAUCAAACAAAAACACUCUCCCACUCUGCCUACGCUUCUCUCCAUUCCAUCUCCAGCUGAGGGAGCUGUGUGCUCUACUGAAUGAGAACUACAUGGAGGAGGAUGACAACACCUCCAGGUUUGACUUCUCCCCUGAAUAUCUGCUGUGGUGAGUGAAGUUUACAGCAUCUGAAUGUAUCUUUGUUUUGGUCUGUAGAUAAACAAACAAACUAUCUAACUAUCCACUGGAACUCAAUUAGGUGGGUAGUUAAUUGUGUUGAAAACACUCUCUCUCUCUCUCUCUCUCUCUCUCUCUCUCUCUCUCUCUCUCUCUCUCUCUCUCUCUCUCUCAAUUCAAUUCAAUUUCAAUUCAAUUUAAGGGCUUUAUUGGCAUGGGAAACGUGUGUUAACAUUGCCAAAGCAAGGGAAGUAGAUAGUAAACAAAAGUGAAAUAAACAAUAAAUAUUAACAGUAAACAUUACACUCAGAAGUUUCAAAAGAAUAAAGACAUUUCAAAUGUCAUAUUAUGUAUAUAUACAGUGUUGUAACAAUGUGCAAAUAGUUAAAGUACAAAUGGGAAAAUAAAUAAACAUAAAAAUGGGUUGUAUUUACAAUGGUGUUUGUUCUUCACUGGUUGCCCUUUUCUUGUGGCAACAGGUCACAAAUCUUGCAGCUGUGAUGGCACACUGUGGUUUUUCACCCAGUAGAUAAGGGAGUUUAUCAAAAUUGGGUUUGUUUUCGAAUUCUUUGUGGAUCGCUGUAAUCUGAGGGAAAUAUGUGUCUCUAAUAUGGUCAUACAUUUGGCAGGAGGUUAGGAAGUGCAGCUCAGUUUCCACCUCAUUUUGUGGGCAGUGUGCACAUAGCCUGUCUUCUCUUGAGAGCCAGGUCUGCCUACGGCGGCCUUUCUCAAUAGCAAGGCUAUGCUCACUGAGUCUGUACAUAGUCAAAGCUUUCCUUAAGUUUGGGUCACUCACAGUGGUCAGGUAUUCUGCCACUGUGUACUCUCUGUUUAGGGCAAAUAGCAUUCUAGUUUGCUCUGUUUUUUUGUUUGUUCUUUCCAAUGUGUCAAGUAAUUCUCUUUUUGUUUUCUCAUGAUUUGGUUGGGUCUAAUUGUGUUGUUGUUGUUGUUGUUGUUGUCCUGGGGCUGUUUGGGGUCUGUUUGUGUUUGUGAACAUAGGCCCAGGACAAGCUUACUUAGGGGACUCUUCUCCAAGUUCAUCUCUCUGUAGGUGAUGGCUUUGUUAUGGAAGGUUUGGGAAUCGCUUCCUUUUAAGUGGUUAUAGAAUUUAACGGCUCUUUUCUGGAUUUUGAUAAUUAGCGGGUAUUGGCCUAAUUCUGCUCUGCAUGCAUUAUUCUCUCUCUCUCUCUCUCUCUCUCUCUCUCUCUCUCUCUCUCUCUCUCUCUCUCUCUCUCUCUCUCUCUCUCUCUCUCUCCUCUCUCUCUCUCUCUCUCUCUCUCUCUCUCUCUCUCUCUCUCUCUCUCUCUCUCUCUCUCUCUCUCUCUCAUCCCCCAUCUCCUCCAGGGCCCUGUGCCCCCCUGGUUGGCUGCCCCAGUGGCAUUGUGGGGUGAGGGUGAACACCAAUCAGAAGCUAGUGGGCUUCAUCGCUGCUGUGCCCAUUAACAUCCGCAUAUAUGACACGUGAGUCAAAAGUAGCCAACCAUAUGGAUGGCCAUCUGUUUUUGAAGGAUACAAAAUAUCUGUGUGGCUGGGCCCAACUCAGUAAUUAGAUGCAAGUAUUGAGUGAAACAAUGUAGUAGCAUUGUUGAAUACAGAAACAGUCUGGCACCCAGGCUAUAACAUAUUAAUUAUUGCAUACAGUAUAAUAAUACAGUAGUAAACAAAGCAUUAUCUCGUAAGCUUCUUGCUAGAAGCCCAAGUAAACAUAGCCUGGGUAUAGCCUGGGUGUCAUGACAAAAUGUGUUCCUCACAAUGAAUGGUUUCCUAGGGAGAAGAGGAUGGUGCAGGUCCACUUCUUGUGCGUCCACAAGAAGCUGCGCUCCAAACGAAUGACCCCAGUGCUCAUCAGAGAGGUCACCAGACGGGUCAACCUGCAGAGAGUCUACCAGGCCGUCUACACUGCCAGCGGGGUACUGCCCAAACCUGUGGCUACCUGCAGGUGGGUGCUACACACACAUAUGUAGACUCAGACACAGACACACACACAAUAUAUAUUUAUAUAUAUAGACAGACUUCACUCUAGACAGACUUGCUGAAUAAGUUGAUAUAAAACAAGUUAGUCAAACAAAUAUCAAUUUGUUUCUCUUCUCCUGUUUACACCCAUUUCCAUCCUGUGUGUACAUGUUGGCAGGUACUGGCAUCGCUCUCUGAACCCACGCAAGCUGAUCGAGGUGAAUUUCCCCAUAUCCAGCCUGAGGGGCAACAUGACCGUCCAACGAGCGCUCAAGCUCAACCGCCUGCUUGAGGUUAGUGUGUGGUUGGUGCCCCCCUGAGGCCAACACAAUGCAACUACUACCAGACCCACUUAAAUACACUGCAAUACACAGCAAUCACAAUCUCAUCCUGUGUGUACCACGGCUUGAUAAUGAAAACUGGAAUUGACCCCCAUUUCUGCUCUUUCUCUCUCUUUCCCUUUCUGUCAGGCUCCCAAAACAGCAGGUUUGCGGCCCAUGACGAGGGGUGAUGUGAAAGGGGUACACAUGCUCCUUCAGGGGUACCUCAAGAAGUACCACCUGACCCCAGUCCUGUCUCAGGAGGAAGUGGAGCACUGGUUGUUACCACGGGAGAAUGUGAUUGACACCUACGUGGUGGAGGUUUGUGUCCUUCCAAUACCUUAGUCAGUUAGGCAAAUUAUCAUUGUUCUCCGGGCUUUGGCAGUCCCUUAAAGCUGAAAACCACAAUAGGCUAAACAGCGCCACUGGCCGCCCCAGGCACAUUUGUUAUUGUUUUUGUUUUGAGGAAAUGAGCAUCCAGCAUUGUGGUAAAACAAAUAUAUACAGUACAAGUCAAAAGUUUGGACACACCUACUCAUUCAAGGGUUUUUCUUUAUUUUGACUAUUUUCUACAUUGUGGAAUAAUAGUGAAGACAUCAAAACUAUUAAAUAACACAUAUAGAAUCAUGUAGUAACCAAAAAAGUGUUAAACAAAUCAAAAUAUAUUUUAUAUUUGAGAUUCUUCAAAGUAGCCACCCUUUGCCUUGACGACAGCUUUGCACACUCUUGGCAUUCUCUCAACCAGCUUCAUGAGGAAUGCUUUUCCAAAAGUCUUGAAGGAGUUCCCACAUAUGCUGAGCACUUGUUGGCUGCUUUUCCUUCACUCUGUGGUCUAACUCAUCCCAAACCAUCUCAAUUGGGUUGAGGUUGGGUGAUUGUGGAGGCCAGGUCAUCUGAUGCAGCACUCCAUCACUCUCCUUCUUGGUAAAAUAGCCCUUACACAGCCUGGAGGUAUGUUUUGGGUCAUUGUCCUGUUAAAAAACAAAUGAUAGUCCCACUAAGCGCAAACUAGAUUGGAUGGUGUAUCGCUGCAGAAUGCUGUGGUAGCCAUGCUGGUUAAGUGUGCCUUGAAUUAUAAAUACCAAGACCAGGACAGAUUUCCACCGGUCUAAUGUCCAUUGCUCGUGUUUCUUGGCCAAAGCAGGUGUCUUCAUCUUAUUGGUGUCCUUUAGUAGUGGUAUCUUUGCAGCAAUUCGACCAUGAAGGCCUGAUUCACGCAGUCUCCUCUGAACAGUUGAUGUUGAGAUGUGUCUGUUACUUGAACUCCGUGAAGCAUUUAUUUGGGCUGCAAUCUGAGGUGCAGUUAACUCUAAUGAACUUAUCCUCUACAGCAGAGGUACCUCUGGGUCUUCCUUUCCUGUGGCGGUCCUCAUGAGAGCCAGUUUCAUCAUAGUGCUUGAUGGUUUAUGAGACUGCACUUGAAGAAACAUUCUUGAAAUUUUCCGGAUUGACUGACCUUCAUGUCUUAAAGUAAUGAUGGACUGUCAUUUCUCUUUGCUUAUUUGAGCUGUUCUUACCAUGAUAUGGACUUGGUCUUUUACCAAAUAGGGCUAUCUUCUGUAUACCACCCCUACCUUGUCACAACACAACUGAUUGGCUGAAACGCAUUAAGAAGGAAAUGAAUUCCACAAAUUAACUUUUAACAAGGCACACCUGUUAAUUGAAAUGCAUUCCAGGUGACUACCUCAUGAUGCUGGUUGAGAGAAUGCCAAGAGUGUGCAAAGCUGUCAUCAAGGCAAAUGGUGGCUACUUUGAAGAAUCUCAAAUAUAAAAUAUAUUUUGAUUUGUUUAACUCUUUUUUGGUUACUACAUGAUUCCAUAUGUGUUAUUUCAUAGUUUUGAUGUCUUCACUAUUAUUCUACAAUGUAGAAAAUAGUAAAAAUAAAGAAAAACCCUUGAAUGAGUAGGUGUGUCCAAAAUGUUGACUGAUAUUGUAUGUUGUUCUAAUGCGCAUUGAAAUGAUGUAGUAGGGGGAAAAAACGAUGUUUGUUGUUUGAAGUAACACUUUUGUUGCUGUAAUAUCGCAAACUGAUGUGGCAGUUUCACCUCUAUGGAUUCCAGCUUUAAAGAGUGACUGAAAACACAGAUUCUGCAUGUUUCUCUGUUGCUCAUUAAGAAAAACGAGAUAUCAGUCUUGGGGGUGUGGUUCGAUGUGGCAGUUACUGAUGUUUGUCCCCCGUGAGACUCCAUAGGAACAAAGCCAGUAUUACUUCCUCAAAAUAGUCAGAAUGAAUCUAAGAUAAUUAAUUUUGACGUUUUUGACGAGGAGGAUUUAGUGGCACAAUUUUGCAUCUGGUGUUUGGAGCAGUAUUUCUCAAGUAAAGAAAUGCAUGACCUGUUGUCUUAUGUAAAGAAAGUCAGAUCCGCUGCACUGAUGGGCAGGUCAGUGUCAUUGUCUGUGAGUUCUGUGGUAGGAUUGGAUAUAGGCAAUCACCACAGUUAUGUAUCCUGUGUUAGUGGGCAAGUGAGCAUUGUCAAAAGCAAAACACCCCCACACCAUCACACUUCAUCCUCCAUCAAGUAACUCAGUUUGUAAGACAAAAAUGUCAGACUGUUUUGGUGACAUCACCAGGUGGUAAAUUAGUUAAUAGACCAAUAAGAAAAAUAGUUCCAAACCUAUCUGCCAAUAACAGCUAGUUUUCAGUUUUCCCCUCCACUCAGACCACUCCCUAGCAGUCCAAGUAAAAUUCUUGCAUGAGAAAUUGCUCUUUGCUAAGAAGCUAUUUUUGUUUCUUUUUGACCAUUUUAAUUUAAAACAAUCACAGUAAGGUACUUGUUAUGCAAAAAUUGUUGAUAUUGAGAUCAAAACGGCUGCAUUGGACCUUUAAGCAAUAAGGCACAAGAGGCUGUGCUAUAUCAUGAAUAUAGUCACAGGUAAAUGGCGUUGUUUGACCUCGGCCUUCUCACACCGCUGAGCUGUGGGGUUAUUCCUUGACAACGCACAGUAAUGCUUACAAAAAAACUCUGUACAGAACAUCGAAGCAGGAUGAUGACCAAUCUGUCAAUUCUUAUUGGGUUUCUUUUUCUUAUUAAGUGCAGGUAGUCCUUCCAUGUUUCAGUCCAUUUUAUUCUCUAAUGAACACCACCCUGUUUCCCUGCCACAGAGCUCUGGUGGUGUGCUGACAGACUUUGUGAGUUUCUACACCAUGGCGUCCAGGGUGCUGAACCAUCCGGUACACAAGGGAAUGAAGGCAGCCCAUUCCCUCUACUUUGUCUCCUCCUCCACUCCACUGCCUGACCUCAUGGAGGAUACUCUGUUCCUGGCCAAAGCUGUGAGUGUGUGUAUCUGGGGGGCCAACGUUUAUGUGUGUGGGUAAACCUGUGAGUGUGUGUGGGCGCCAAAGGUGUAGCUAUGAUUGUGUGACGGCCAAAGCUGAGUGUGUAGGGGCCACAAAUCAAAUAAACUGCGCGUGUGGAGGGGCCAAAGCUCUGUGAGUAUGUGCGUGUAUGUCUGUGUGUGUGUGUGUGUGUGUGUGUGAGAAUGAAUGAAUUAAUUAAUGACUGACAUUUUAUUUUCGUGUCAAAUCGCCAAUUGGCAAACCAUCCCUUAUGGGAUUAAUUGACACAUAAACAAACAUUACAAUAAUUAACUGUGGUAAUUCAAUGAUAAUUCUUCUUCCGGUGUUCUCUGCAUUGCGCAUCGCAUAAAGAGUGAAAAAAUUUACGGUAAAAAUCAAUACGUAAUAGUAAAUAAGGUUAUCACAAAGAGAAGAUUCAUAUGGGAGACAAGCCUAUACACAAUCUAUAUACAGUGGGGGAAAAAAAAGUAUUUAGUCAGCCACCAAUUGUGCAAGUUCUCCCACUUAAAAAGAUGAGAGAGGCCUGUAAUUUUCAUCAUAGGUACACGUCAACUAUGACAGACAAAAUGAGGAAAAAAAAAUCCAGAAAAUCACAUUGUAGGAUUUUUAAUGAAUUUAUUUGCAAAUUAUGGUGGAAAAUAAGUAUUUAGUCAAUAACAAAAGUUUCUCAAUACUUUGUUAUAUACCCUUUGUUGGCAAUGACACAGGUCAAACGUUUUCUGUAAGUCUUCACAAGGUUUUCACACACUGUUGCUGGUAUUUUGGCCCAUUCCUACAGAUCUCCUCUAGAGCAGUGAUGUUUUGGGGCUGUCGCUGGGCAACACGGACAUUCAACUCCCUCCAAAGAUUUUCUAUGGGGUUGAGAUCUGGAGACUGGCUAGGCCACUCCAGGACCUUGAAAUGCUUCUUACGAAGCCACUCCUUCGUUGCCCGGGCGGUGUGUUUGGGAUCAUUGUCAUGCUGAAAGACCCAGCCACGUUUCAUCUUCAAUGCCCUUGCUGAUGGAAGGAGGUUUUCACUCAAAAUCUCACGAUACAUGGCCCCAUUCAUUCUUUCCUUUACACGGAUCAGUCGUCCUGGUCCCUUUGCAGAAAAACAGCCCCAAAGCAUGAUGUUUCCACCCCCAUGUUUCACAGUAGGUAUGGUGUUCAUUGGAUGCAACUCAGCAUUCUUUGUCCUCCAAACACGACGAGUUGAGUUUUUACCAAGAAGUUCUAUUUUGGUUUCAUCUGACCAUAUGACAUUCUCCCAAUCCUCUUCUGGAUCAUCCAAAUGCACUCUAGCAAACUUCAGACGGGCCUGGACAUGUACUGACUUAAGCAGGGGGACACGUCUGGCACUGCAGGAUUUGAGUCCCUGGCGGCGUAGUGUGUUACUGAUGGUAGGCUUUGUUACUUUGGUCCCAGCUCUCUGCAGGUCAUUCACUAGGACCCCCCGUGUGGUUCUGGGAUUUUUGCUCACCGUUCUUGUGAUCAUUUUGACCCCACGGGGUGAGAUCUUGCGUGGAGCCCCAGAUCGAGGGAGAUUAUCAGUGGUCUUGUAUGUCUUCCAUUUCCUAAUAAUUGCUCCCACAGUUGAUUUCUUCAAACCAAGCUGCUUACCUAGAUUCAGUCUUCCCAGCCUGGUGCAGGUCUACAAUUUUGUUUCUGGUGUCCUUUGACAGCUCUUUGGUCUUGGCCAUAGUGGAGUUUGGAUUGUGACUGUUUGAGGUUGUGGACAGGUGUCUUUUAUACUGAUAACAAGUUCAAACAGGUGCCAUUAAUACAGGUAACGAGUGGAGGACAGAGGAGCCUCUUAAAGAAGAAGUUACAGGUCUGUGAGAGCCAGAAAUCUUGCUUGUUUGUAGGUGACCAAAUAUUUAUUUUCCACCAUAAUUUGCAAAUAAAUUCAUUAAAAAUCCUACAAUGUGAUUUUCUGGAUUUUUUUUCUCUAUUUGUCUGUCAUAGUUGACGUGUACCUAUGAUGAAAAUUACAGGCCUCUCUCAUCCUUUUAAGUGGGAGAACUUGCACAAUUGGUGGCUGACUAAAUACUUUUUUUCCCCACUGUACACACGUACCAUUUACCACAUAGAAGUUAAAUAUUUUUGCAAUUUAAUUAUAGGUAGCCCUUUUUCUUUUAUUCCAGGUUUAUUCUAAAUAUUCCGCAAACGGAAAUACACAAUGGACAAAAAAACAUUUCAGUUUCUUCACAUCGCUCAGCCACAUAAUGCCAGGGUAUAUCUGGUGUGCUUUCUGGAAUAAAAUAGAAAGGGCAAUAGAGGGUUUCAUUCUCUAUUUCUUCGAGGUCACAAUAGUUACAUAGUCUUUCCUCUUCCAUUUCACCACAAUACUGACCUGUUUCAAUAUAUCUCUCACACACGAAUUCACCCUUAAUCAAACAGAAGGUUCUCAAUUUGGGUUUAUGAUUAAUCUCGUCCACCCAUUUUUUUCAUAUUGCAUCAACAGUUUUGUUUUAAUCAUAUCUAUGUCUCCCUUAGUUUGGUUUUCGUACAGAUGUUCACAGUCAGACUGUUGAAAAAGGUCAGACAUUUCAGUUGCCCAGGCUCCCCCUAUGGAUAGAUCCCAUUAAAAAACGUUACUAGCUAUUUUGGAAGGUUGGAAUAUCCAACAGUCUAUUCCAAAGUCUCACCUCACAGGGUUCCCAGCCCAUGUCCCUAGUUUUUGCAAGUAUAGGUGCAAACUUGUGGACACCUAAAGAGUAACGUACUGCUCAGUUAUGGACAUGUUUGUUUUUAAGAUACCUCUUAACACCCCACACUCCUGCUGAAUAGUCCAGAACAGGAAACACACAUGUCUCAUACAUUUUUCAUACUGGCCCCUCGUGGGAAACGAACCCACAACCCUGGCGUUGCAAGCUUCAUAAACAAAAGGCACAGGGCGAACCCAUAGUGCAAAAUAUAAAGUACUCAGGAAAUCGUAGGAGAGAUUGCUCUCAGGAAAACAACAUAUAGAAUGACGACAAAGACAAUGGCAGAGGGAGUAUAUAUACGGUGAUAGAGUGGGGAUUGGAACCAGGUGUGUGAAUGGCGUUUGCCAGCAGUAGGUUCGGCAGCAGCUAGAAGGCCGGCGACGUCAAAUGCCUGAGCUGGACAGGAGGGAUAGCCAAAGUGAAGGCUGGUGUGACAAAUAUCAAAUAUAUUUUGAUUUGUUUAACACUUUUUUGGUUACUACAUGAUUACAUAUUUGUUAUUUCAUAGUUUUGAUGUCUUCACUAUUAUUCCACAAUGUACAUUUUUUAAAAAGAAAAACCCUUGAAUGAGUAGGUGUGUCCAAACUUUUGACUGGUACUGUAUGUCUUUAUACAAUUCUUCCUCAAAAUAUGCCACAUGUUCGUUACCUGAGAACAAAACUAGCAAAUCCACUCCUUAAGUACCCCCCACUGCUCUUCCCUGACUUCCAUUGGAAUUUUCUAAUGUCGUUUGUCCUAACUUGUUUAUUUGGCUCAAAACUGUUGAGGAUUUCUUGUCUGUUUCUGUUGAGGAUUUCUGCCCUCUCUGUUAUCUCUGUUUGAAUAGGCACAGUCUUUUAUCAAACACAUGCUGUUUUUUCUUAAAUUCCUUCCUAAAAUGUUCUCUUGUAUUCCUAUCUUUACACUGUAAAAAUAAGUACUCAGCCUUGCGCAUUACUGACCAUAGGUCCCUUAACUCAUCAUUCAAAUAAGGCUUGUUCGGCUUGUAAACUUUCCUGGGCUUGGGGGUUUAUUCUUUAGUCGCAUCAUUUUUUCCCAUUUCAGAAUAUAUAAUAUCACAAAAAUGUUCAUACCACACAUGUAAAUCAAAUGUUGUUUCUUGGCAUCUUUGCAGAGUUUCGAUGAGUUCCAACAGAGCUGUACAUGCCAUUUCAGAACGUAGAAAGUAAUUUGGGACAUUUAUUUUCUUAAAUUUAGGCCUAUACGGGGUAUGUAUCUUUUGCCCCGAAUGAUGUAAUACCUGGUAAUACCAGUAAUACCUGGUUGAGAAAGUUUGUGUCCAACAGAAAAUGUCAUAAAUAAAAGCGAAUGAUUAAGUCAAAACCUCUGCAUUCUUCAACCAUCUGUGUAGGGGUUAACACCUUCAAUUCCAAAGUUUCUAGACAGUCGUGGAGGGUAACUAUAUAGUCCAUCACAGCUUUUCCUUUGCCAGAUAUGGAUAUAAAGUUAUCGCUUAAGGGGCAUAUCCUUCCAUUAAUGAUGAACAUUUUAGAGUCCCGAAGGAAUUCUAAUAGGGUUUCCCCAUGAUGAUUAACAAAGUCAUCCAAAGCAACACGCGAUGGAAUAUCAUCAAUAUCAUUUAUAUAGUAAUCUAACCUCCCAAUUCGACUGUUAAGAUCCCCACAUAUGUAAAUAGCAUCUGCUUCUGUAUAUAGGUAUACCUGACUUAACAAAUGACUAUAGAAGGAGGAUGCAUCUCUACCGCAUCGGGACUGUUCAGGUGGCAAAUAGCAUGAAAACACAACAAAACAAUCAUCUGACUCCCUAUGUUCAAAGCGCAAAACAGUAAUUUAUUCUAUGGCUUUAUCGAUAAUUUCAAUUUGAUAGCCUUUCAUCAUAUCAGACUUUACACAUAUUCCCACUCCCCCAGAGCCCCUGGGGGCUUUCACAUGGGUUUUUCUGUUGUGUCCGUACAAUACAUACCCUUCAAUAUCAAUAGUUUCUUGCCAACGCAAAUGCAUUUAAUUUAUUGAAAUAAUGUCUGGGUUUAAGAAUUUGGGUAUUGUUAUUCAUAACUUAUUGUUCAAGGUAGUCCAUCCGUUAACAUUCCAAUGCGCUAUUGAAAUCGUAUCUUGUAGGGGAUGGGAAGCCCCCCAGUAUGUAGUAGGUCUGUCCACCCCAUGUCCUUGUCCGCGUUGUCCCUCUGGUUGAUCUCGUUUCAUGACCCGUCCGCUUCCCGUGUGUGUGUGUGUGUGUGUGUGUGUGUGUGUGUGUGUGUGUGUGUGUGUGUGUGUGUGUGUGUGUGUGUGUGUGUGUGUGUUUGAGAGUUUGAUGGGGACCAAAGCUACGAGUGAAUGGGUUUAUUCAUAUCAAUCCCCUUGGAUAAAUGCUCUUUCUCUUUCUGUCACCUCUCUCUUUGUGAUACAGAAAGGCUUUGACGUCUUCACUGUUCUGGACGUGAUGGAGAACACUUCUUUCCUGGAGAAGCUCAAGUUUGGCAUCGGGGACAAAAGCCUACACUACUACCUGUACAACUGGAGAUGUCCCACUAUAGGCCUGAAAAUGGUAACUAUCCCUGUAGCAUCUGUUAUGAACCUACCCCUUAAAAUCCUAACUUCUAGAGGUAAAUUGGAAAGGCUUACAUUUUAGUCAUUUAGCAGACACUCUUAUCCAGAGCAACUAGGGUUAAGUGCCUUGCUCAAGGGCACAUCGACAGAUUUUUCACCUAGUCGGCUCAGGGAUUAGAACCAGCGAUCUUUCGGUUACUGGCACAACGCUCUUAACCUCUAAACUACCUUACCCUAACUCACUUGCUACACAUACGUUGUGUAUGAAUGGAUUGCAAUUAUGUUGAUGACAACGAUGAUUGUACGUACCUGUAACCCCAAUUGGAAAGCAAAUCGUGUUUACAAAAAAUAUUUGUACAAGUAUUGUAAUGAAAGGUGUCAUCCAUAGAGUUUGGACUGAGCAAUAAUUAUUUAUUGUUUUGGCAGGUUGGCUUGGUGUUGCUGUGAUGUCCAUGACCACUGAUAGGUGAAGACGGUGGACCAAUCCAUGCUUUCCCAAACCCUGGACCAAUCAACCAGCAAAAACAUCUGAGUCGUCUAUUUAAAUUUGAACUUUGACCUGCACUACUAUUUGUUCUGAGGCCUUAACUGAUGGCUAGGGCACAGAGAAGAGGGCCAUGAUACUAACCAACCCAGAUGAAUACAGCAGGCACUGACAAACAAUGUUAUCUCUAACACACACAAUAAACACAAAAGAUGGAAGUGACACAAAAAUGAAUAAAGUUUCCUUGAGAGAAAUGUAUUGAAGUCUUACAAGUAUGUGGCAAAAUGACUGCAUUUUGACUGUGGUUGUGAUUCUAGACCAAGUUCAGUAUCUGGAGGGGGGGGGGGGGGGGGGGGGGGGGGGGAGAGAGAGCAUGUAAAAACAUAGGAAACAGAAAUGUCUAACAAUUCAAACAUGUAUUUGCAACAAUCCCAAAGUCCUUCCCAAUAGGCAAAGCUGGUUGUGAUUAUGUCAUUUCAACCAGCUUUGCAGGCUGGGUUCUCUUUUGCUCUUAGAACAUAAAGUAACCAUAACCUUUCAAUAAUGGAAUGCAACCAAAGAGAAUUGAUCUUCAAUAGGGAUCAUUCCAUGGCUAGGCAGGAUAUCAAUGAGAAACAAUUCUCUCUUGAACCUCUAAGGUAUCCAUUUGCUGCUAUGGAAAGUAGCCUUUAGUGGGAAAGGUAAGAGUGCUACUAACCUUGUGCUGCUUUGGCAGUAUGGGCUGUUCAGGGUACUUCAACAGUCUGUUCAUAUAACCUCUUGUGACCUAGAAAAGAUCACGGAGAUGAGGGUUUCAAUGUUCUUUGGGACUCAGCUGUGGUGGCAAAUUGGCAACUACAUACAUUCACACAAACGCUAUCAGUAUUGUGAGAGAUCUUUUGUACUACAGUCUCUCUAUCUCAUUCUCUCUCUCUCCCUCUGUGUCUCUCACACACGCACACAUACACACACACACACACACACACACACACACACACACACACACACACACACACACACACACACACACACACACACACAGUGAGUGCAGUAGCUCUUACUUACUUUGAAGUCGUCCAGCCAUGUCCUGUGGUCGUAGACUGACUUAGUCAUGUUGAUCUUCUUUAGAAUGGCCUGGUUCUCCAGAGAAAUCUUCACCAGCUCCCUGUUCCUCAGGUCUGCAUUAACACUGGACAUGCAAUGGGGAAACUUGUGAGAUGAGAUUACACUGUCUCUGUAACCAUAGAAUACAAUGUGUAAGAGAGUUUAUAACCCUGUAUUAAAAGUUUAUAAAGUAUGGACACACUGGAAACACAAUGGGGAGCUUACAUGAGAAUACACUGUCUCAAAUAGGUGUUACCUUAACAUGUAAUAUCUAAUACAGUUUAUAACCCUUUAUUAACAGUUUAUUGACUAUCUAUUAACUAUAUAUCAAAUCAAAUCAAAUUUUAUUUGCCGCAUGCGCCGAAUACAACAGGUGUAGACAUUACAAUGAAAUGCUGUUUCACAGAACACAGUUUGAGAAAGGGGCAUUCUCAUGCCAACCACAUAUGAAAACCAAACUCUCUGCUAAGGAUCUAAUCAAUCACGAUCAAGAAGGCAAUCAAAUAAUCAUGCCAUGACGUCAAUGAAUGUUGUUGCAUUCGCAUAUCUCAAGCUAUGUUGAAUUUAAUAAAGACUAGUGGCACCCUGGUGUUGGUAUACAUAGAUAUGACUCAGAAAGAUAUGAUUCCCAUUCAUAUUGGGGACAUAGGUAGCCUAAUGUGAUGUGUUCCCACCUGGGUUUGGCCUGGUACUCGUUCCAGUUGUCCAGGCCUCCUUUGGUGCCCAUGGUGCGGGCGAUCCUGGACACCAGCAGGCGGUUGUCCCUCUCCAGCUCCAUCAGACGCUCCUGCUCCAUCUGA